AUGUCUGCCCACUGGAGCCAUAUCAGUGAGCAGCUCUUGCUGAGACGCGCAGUCUGCUCGAGACCCAGCCAGACGCCAGCUACGCCCAGGGGCCAGAUCCCCCUGGAGCACAUCCAGGCCUGGCUGCUUCUGAGCCACUACGAGCUUCUACGAACGGGUGUCGACCAGGCCAUGCUCACAGCCGGUCGGGGCUUUCGCCUCGUGCAGAUGGCCCGUCUAUGGGAUAUGGAUGCCCCCGGGGAUCUCUACGAGUCUCCCCGGACCCGAGGCAAACUUCCAAACAGCCAGCCGACUUGCAUCAGCUUUCUCCCAGAGGCCAUGGCGCAGACGGGACCCAUCACGCUGUCCCCGUUCGCCGAAUCCAUCAUCAUUGCAACGCUCCACCGUCGCUGCAUGACACACCAGCUGUUGUACGCCACUGAAUUCGAGGCGGGGACGAGAGAGUUCUGUAUCCGCCAGGGGUGGCUGGCCACGGCCGUGGAGAGGCGAGUGCAGAUGCUUGUCCCUUCCCCCGCCGUCGACAGCGACCCAAUGCUUCUCUUAACCCGCAUGCUGGCGUACCGGGCGACCGUCCAUCUCAGCAACACGAUGCAGCAGGCCUCGUGGCGCACUGUCGACCAGCAGGGCCUGGCAGCAGCCUACCAGCAGCGCGCCGCGCAAGCAGCUUCCGAGAUCGUGCGUCUGGCCAAGGCAGUGCCGUACCUCAGCCCCUUCAAGGCUCACCGCUUCUUGCCGGACACUCUGGCUUACGCGGCCACCUUUCUCAGGACCCAUGCCGCUACUGGCACACUGGGGGGCGGCGAUGGCGUCCAGUACUUGCUUCGAGUUCUGGGCGAGCUACGGGACACUCACAGCUUGGCGGGAUUAUUUGCAGGCCCUAGAUUCUUUGAGCGAUUUUAA